CCAAAUGACAACAACAAAUGCACAGCACGCACAAAAAAGACACCAAAAUCAAAGUGUACUCAAGUUUUAGAGCAGCGUAUUGAAUCAAAAAAUUACGGGCUAUGUUCGCUCAAAGAAGCCAGCGUAUACACUAAAUUGAGCCUGAGAGCGUCCUUCAACAGUCCGCUCCUAAAGAUGGACACACAGCUGCUCGACCUGGGCGUUGUCUGCCUUGUGUGCCUGCGCGAAGAGCCAGGUUACUGUUCCAUCUAUGGCCAGGAUUUGGAAACACCGGACAUGCUGAUAGUCGACAAAAUACGAAACUGCAGCGCUCUGCAAUUGGAGCAAUCGUUGCUCGGCCGUCUACCGGACAAAAUCUGCCACGGAUGUCGCAACGAACUGAGCAUCACAUAUCGCUUCCAGCAAAAGUGCCAGGAGGCACAUAAAGUGUUCCAGAAGCUGGCGGCUUCCAGUGCCACACAGCUCGUAGAGGUGGAUGAAUUGGCCAAGCUGGAGUUGGCGCAACACCAAGUCAAAUUGCCAGCGAACUUGAAUAUUAAACGUGUGGACAAUGUAAGUGCUAGUGCGACCAAUUCUCUGUUGCUGACACAGACGGCAGCACCAAAAGUAGAGUAUUACAAUGAGGAGACGGAUAUGUUAACACUCAUACCGGAUGCCACGGAUGGCGACCGUACGUUGGUCACUCUGCAGGAUGUGGCAGUCAGCAGUCUGACUACACUCUCAUUAGACAGCAUUGACGUACCCACUAAGGAUGACAGCUCUGACAAUCACGAUGAGCGUGACUCGGAGGAUGAGAAAAUGUUGGUGUUGCCCGCCUCGUGGCGGCCGCAGUUGGAAACGCUGCUGCCGCAAACCGAAGAUGUCAAGCAGUCCAACGAUGAACAGCAGCAGCAGGUGCUCUAUGAGAUCGAGGCGGAGCUUCUGGAAGAUUCUGAUGGCGCGCUAGAGUUUAAGGAGCUGAGCAAGUCAUGUGCCGACUCCCCCACCACCAAUUCCGCGCCUAUCAUUACCAAUGCUGCAGCUCCUGCUCCGGUACCCGCACAGACAUCCAUUGUUUUAGCCAAGCGCAGGCGUUACAAUCGCAUGUCACCUAUUCGAGGACGUCGCUGUGAAGCACACACAGACGAUGACAAUGAGCCAGUGAAUUCGCCCAUGACGCGGCGUAGUGCUCGACGUACACGCGGAAACAUAACCACCGUAGCCAUAACCACGGCCGCCUUUAGCGAGCCCCUAAACAGUUCAAUCAACUCCGCCAACGAUUCUUCCCGCAAUCGGAGGGGUACCGAGCGGCCGCUCAAGAUCUGCGACAUAUGCGGAAACACGUACAAGUAUCAACAUGCCCUCAACGCGCACAUGCGACGCCACAAUAACGAACGUCCCUUCUGCUGUGAGGUGUGUCAAAAGGCAUUCAUCUCCAAUGUGGAACUACGGCGACACAUGCGCGUCCACACUGGCCAGAAGCCAUAUGGGUGUAGCUACUGUGAUCGCCGCUUUUCCGAUUUCGGUUCCAGCAAAAAGCACGAAAGAAUUCACACAGGCGAGCGUCCGUAUGUGUGUGAUGUGUGCAAGAAAGGAUUCGCUUAUGCACAUGUGCUCUCCGUGCACAAGCGCACGCAUACCGGCAAGAAACAAUUCCAAUGCACACUCUGCGAGAAAGGAUUUACGAAAAAGAUCUAUCUGAUCACGCAUAUGUCACAGCAUCGCAUAUCGCACAAAGGUAAGCGAUCGGAAGCGAAUACGACAACAAUCGUAACCACAGCAGCGUCGACGAUGACGACGACGACGACGACACACAAAUAUGAUCGACAUUUAGAAGCUCUGGAAGAUGCUGAUGAUGAAGGUGUAGUGCAAUAUGAAGAUGAAGAGGACGAGGAAGCAGAUGCAGAUGAUGAUGAGGACGAUAAUGUUAGCGUCGGCAUCAGUGUGGGCGGCCUUCGUGCGAUCAAUGUCUCCGCCGCCGUCGCCAAUGGUAUAGUCGAGGAGGCAAAAGUACUGGAGGAGUGUAUAGUAACCAAUGAUUUCAUGUUCAACGAAGUGGACGAAGAGGAUGAGGAUGAAGGCGAGCUCAACGAUGACGAGUAUCAAGAUGUCGAGCUAGAGCAGCAUAUUGUCUCCGAUAAUAAGGGACCCUAUGACCUGCUCGACGCCGAUGAUCUCGAGGUCGAGUCUAAGUACAUUAUUGACUAGAGUAUAAGAAUUAAUUUAGAAAAAUGCGUAAGGGGGGGUCAACAUUUUAAAGCCGGGAAACAGGGUACAACGGAGAGAGGGAAUGCGGUGGCUUUUUGAUAUAUUUUUUAAGUAUAUAAUCCAAAUUUAUUUCAUUUAUUAAAUAUCAGAUCAUUUAAAGUAUUAGCCAGUCACACAUCGCUCUUGAGAAUGUUUUACACAUGAGGAGAAAUUCAACAGUAAUUCAAGACUUUCCCAGAGUCAGUUUCUAGCCUAGAAAUAAUUGAGAAAGUACAAAAACAUAAGCUUGCAUAAAUACUAAAGAGAUUUCGCUGAGAGAACAUCAAAUCUCUUGUGUCUGUUUGAGAUAAAGGCCCGGGUGCUAACCGAUUGUCUGCAAUAAGUGUAAUCCAGUUAUUGGAGCUUUGAAAUCAAGGUAUCCUGAUAGGUUACAAUGAGGAUAGUUCAAGGCUAUUCAUGAAAGCCGUACAAGAACAGAGAAGAGGCAAGUCUUCAAUUAUAUUCCCUAGCAGUCUUGCCUGGCUUCAGCUAACUAGUUUUUGCAUCCAAUAUCUAAACAGAAACUUUGGGGAGAACUAUGACAAAACUGAUUUGAAAAGAACACAAUUUGCCAAAUUUAGAAACGAAAAAAUUAUAUAAUAAAAUUGUAACCGUUUUGCUAGUUCCCAACA